GCCGCAGGCUGCAGUCCGCAUUCCUCAGACAGGGGUCCAUCCUCUAGCUGGGCCCUAAACAUCAGGGGUCAACAUCUCAUCUAUUGUCUGGAAGAGGAAGACAAAUGCCUGCUUUUGUAAAACUCUAUAGAAGAAGCGAUUUUAUGGAAUAAAACGAGGUCUAUCGAGCAUCAUGUCGGGGAUAUCCGAUGGGAAAAAGAAGUGGGCGGCAGUCAGGGAUCGCCUUGGCUCCUCUCAGGACUCCGACACACAGCAGGAGGCCAACCUGGAGAGCGCCGAUCCUGAGCUGUGCAUCAGACUGCUGCAGGUUCCUACUGUGGUCAACUACUCUGGGCUAAAGCGUCGCCUGGAAGGCAGUGACCAGACAUGGAUGGUUCAGUUUCUAGAGCUGAGUGGUUUGGAUCUGCUCCUGGAAGCCCUGGACCGGCUCUCUGGCCGUGGCUGCUCCCGCAUCGCUGAUGCCUUAUUGCAGCUCACGUGUGUCAGCUGCGUCAGAGCGGUAAUGAACUCAUCAGCAGGGAUCCACUUCAUCAUAGAUAACGAGGGGUACAUUCGGAAGCUCUCGCAAGCCUUGGACACUUCAAACAUCAUGGUGAAGAAGCAGGUGUUUGAGCUCCUCGCAGCGCUCAGCAUCUUCUCUGCAGAAGGACACCGUCUGGCCCUGGAUGCUCUGGAUCAUUACAAGGGCUUGAAGACACAACAGUAUCGCUUCAGUGUCAUCAUGAACGAGCUGCAGGCCACAGACAAUGUCCCAUACAUGGUCACACUCCUCAGUGUCAUCAACGCGCUCAUCUUCAGUACAGAUGACCUGAGACGGAGAGACAGAAUCAGAAAAGAGUUCAUUGGGCUCCAGUUACUUGACAUCCUGCCACAAUUAAGGUAA